AAUAUAUUGUGAAGUACAAAGAGGGAAGGGUGUGACUUUCUAGUUAUUUCUGAAUGAUUAAAUACCCUAAUCAUGCAAGAAAUUCCACAUACUCAUUGAAAACGGGGCAACUUUUCUUCCCUUUUAAAGGGGAGGAGAUAGAGAAGAAAUUGUAGUUUGUUUUGUUUCUCUUCACAUCAACUGGUCCCCAUAACUCUUUUUUUUCAAGAAUGGGACAAGCAGUAAAAUAAUAUUUGGAGAAGAUAAUAUCUAGUCUGGAAGUUGUCCCUUUAAAUCUCUGUGUUCCAUUUGGUUGCCCAGGACAACUCUUGUAAACAUCAGUGAACCUACAUGUGGCCUUUGAAAAAAGCUGGGGCCUGAAGCUGAUGGGAAAGUUUAGGUCAUUUCAGAGCUGCUUGAAUCAGACUGCACCUGUUUCUUUUUCGGAACUGAGUUUCUCCACAGUCUUGAACUGACAUGGUAUGACAAGAGCUUUAAGAGAACUGGCUUGGAGGGCCUUUGAAGUUUCCUGAGUGCGUGCAGCAGGAUUUGGGCUCAGCUAUUGCACCCUACCAGUGACCAUGCCAUCCUUGCCCAAUGAAGGAGAUAACCAAGGGACCUCUUCUCUGACUUUGAGCUCGGAGCUGCCUUACCAAAGCACAAUAAGGAGGAAAGUCAGAGAGAAGAAAAAACACGGAGCAAUCACUGCGAAUGUUGCUGGCACAAAAUAUGAGAUUGUACGCGUAGUAAUUGAAGAAAUGGGCUAUGUCAAGACUCGGGACGACGAUGAGACUGCAAAUCUCAUCUGGAGUGAUUGUGCCGUGCAGCAGGAAAAGAUUGCCGAGCUCCGAAACUACCAGAGAAUCAACCACUUUCCAGGAAUGGGCGAGAUCUGUAGGAAGGAUUUCUUAGCAAGAAACAUGACCAAAAUGAUCAAAUCUCAGCCUCAGGAGUACAGCUUUAUUCCUCGGACAUGGAUCUUCCCAGCAGAGUACACACAAUUCCAGAAUUACGUAAAAGAACUCAAGAGAAAACGUAGACAGAAAACAUUCAUCGUCAAACCAGCUAACGGUGCAAUGGGCCAUGGGAUCUCCCUCACAAGAAAUGGAGAGAAGCUGCAUUCUCAGGAACACCUCAUAGUCCAGGAAUAUCUUGACAAGCCCUUUCUUAUUGAAGGCUACAAAUUCGAUCUAAGAGUGUACAUUCUGGUGACAUCCUGUGAUCCCUUAAAAAUAUUUUUAUAUCAUGACGGGCUAGUGAGGAUGGGCACAGAGCUGUAUCAUCCCCCCAAUGAUUCAAAUCUGGGCCAGCUGUUUAUGCACCUGACCAACUACUCUGUGAAUAAGCAUAAUGAGCGUUUUGAGCGGGACGAAACAGAAGAUAAAGGCAGUAAGCGCUCUAUAAAGUGGUUUACUGAGUUUCUGCAAACAAAUCACCUUGACGUUUCCAAAUUCUGGAAUGAUAUUUCAGAACUAGUGGUGAAGACACUCAUAGUAGCAGAGCCCCAUGUCCUUCACGCUUACCGUAUGUGUAGGCCAGGACAGCCUCCGGGAAGUGACAGUGUUUGCUUUGAAGUUUUGGGGUUUGAUAUCCUGCUGGACAGAAAACUCAAGCCAUGGCUCCUAGAGAUUAACCGAGCCCCGAGCUUUGGUACUGACCAAAAAAUAGACCAUGAUGUGAAAAAAGGUGUCCUGCUGAAUGCAUUAAAGCUGCUCAAUAUAAGGACAAGCGAUAAAAGAAAAAACCUAGCCAAGCAGAAAGCAGAAGCUCAGAAGAGGCUUUACGGCCAAGGCUCCAUGAAAAGGCUGUCGCCGGUGUCUGACUGGGAGAAACAACGCCGUUCCCUAGAAAGAAGGAGAGAGGAACUGAAGGAGAGACUGGUACAAGUGCGCAAGCAGAUCUCCAAAGAAGAGCACGAAAACAGGCACAUGGGGAAUUACAGGCGUAUUUACCCUCCUGACGAUAAGCUGCUACUUGAAAAAUAUGAGGGCUUGUUAGCCGCUGCCUUUCAGACGUUCCUUGCCGGUAGAGCAACUUCACUUCAGCGAGAGAUGAACAACCCCCUAAAAAGAAUGAAGGAAGAAGACAUAUUGGAUCUUCUGGAACAAUGUGAACUGGACGAUGAGAAGUUAAUGGGCAAAUCUGUCCGGCCGCGUGGCCCGAAGCCCUUGUAUUCCAUGCCAGAGAGUGCACAGUUCUUGAAAAAGACCGGGAACAACAGCAGCGGCAGUAGCUGUGAAAGCAGCAGUGAUCUAUCUGAAUGGGAGGAGGAACCCGAAAAAGAAUAUGAAAAUGCAAAGAAAGAGAGGAAUGUCUCAUUUGAUGUUGAAGACAGGAAAUUAAUAGAACGAUCCAGCAGAAUGCACUGGAAGCGGCCUCUUAAGAAAGUCCCUUCUUACGUAUCGCCCACGCCGUUGUCAGGUCCUAUGAGGCGUUCUGUGAGCUGCCCUCGCUCCAUUUCAGUCUUGUCUAUGCAAAUGCAAGGCGCCGAAAACCGCCCUUUCUCAGCCAAGAAUUUGGUGCAGCUUUCUCGCCCAUCUUCUGUGAGUAGGUCACACUCUUUAAACAGAGGUUCAUCUGCGGGCAAAAUGUCUCAUACUGCCAACCUGGGUACUGUACAUUCUCCUGUGACGGAAAGGCAACAGAGAGCCAAAGAGCAAGAGGAGGCCCUCACAAAGGAGACGCUGGUCAUUUUCACUAGUAUGAAGAUCCGAUUCCCAGGGAAAAUCAAUGAAGACUCAGACUUAAUACUCGACGACAUUAUGGAUAAUUGGAAAUACCAUAAAUCAAAAGUGGCUUCAUAUUGGUUAAUUAAACUUGACUCUGCAAAACAGAGAAAGGUUUUAGAUAUUGUGAAAGCGAGCAUCCGUUCAGUUCUGCAGCGUGUCUGGGGAGUUUCAGAUGUUGAAUGUUUACAUUUGUACCGACUUCUUAAUCGUGUGUUUAAUCGCCUGCUAUGGAGCCAUGGUCAAGGUCUGUGGAACUGUUUCUGCAAUUCAGGGAGCUCCUGGGAGACGAUAUUCAGUAGAAGCACAGAAGCGGUGACUGACGAUCAGAUCCAGUGUUGCCAACGAAUAGUAGAUCUUUGUAAACAGUGCCUGCUAGUGGUUUACAAAUACUCUGCCGAUUCCAGAGGGUCCCUCACUGGAGUUUACCCAGACUGGGAUGACACAAGGUACUCACUGCCAGGGCCUUUGCAGUUCAUCAUGAAACCCUCCACCGGUUUUGGAUGUAGCUCAUCAGGAAUGACUCGCUCCGUUUUGUUUACACCUAGAUACGACCACUCAUGAAGCGAAAGGGAAUGUUGUUAUAUAUAAUGGGCAAUUUAUUUUAUUUUUUUCUUCUCGAUUUCAAAUGUGCGAUGGAACUGAACCCAGGCACUGUUAUAUAUUUAUUACCGUAUAUAAAAACGUAGCGCAAAAGCCUGCUGUAAACACUUAACCAUUCUGGAAAUGUAAUAAACCUUCUCAAAAUGUUUACAGAGAGAUACGGAUGCCCAGAUCUUGGUAGGUUUCUUAGCAAUUCCUUCCCUACUGUGGAGUCACUAUAAGGGCGCGAUCCUAUAUGAAAGAUCCAAGGGCUUAAGGAGCUUUAGGAUCUGGAAGAUGUCCCCCAAUGCUGGUGGAACGCCAAAUACACCCUUGGCCAGGUGGAUACACCAGCCAAACUCCCCUCAUAUGUUGGCAGAACUGAUGGCGUAAUUUCGCUGGCGAAGAAGAUGUGGCCAGGGCAUGGGCAGCUCAGGGGGACGAGCACACUUGGCAUUAUAUCAUAUACUCCUUUAAUCCACUGCCACACUCCUUUCGACAGUGCAACACACGUCAGCCACAGACUCGGCACAGGGAGUUUCUCUCUCAUUGGCUUUAAUAGAAGGCGGACGAUGGAAAACUGGCUGCUCCCAUAUUGAGAACCAUGGCAAAGUGUAGCAAGGGGAGCCAACGUGGUGCACUCCAGAUUGGUGUUGGACUCCCAUUUCCUUGAAGUCCCAGCCAGUACAGCCCAUAAUGGUCAAAGGAUGGUGAGGGUUGUUGACAACAACACCUGUAUUACUUUGGAGUGGAAUACAGUCAUACCCCAGUUUAAGUACGCUUCAGUUUGAGUACUUUCAGUUUAAGUACUCCGCGGACUCAGAAGUGUUUACUUGCGGGUUCUGCCACGCGCACAUGCGUGGAAGCCAUUUGUGCACUUUGCGCAUGCGCAGAAGCGCUCUAUCGGCACUUCACGCACAUGCACUAU